AUGCCACAAUUUAGUGAUAGGCUUAUUUUGGAAAAGAGGGCGUUUGAUGUCAUUUGUGGAAAAACUCCGUUCCAAUGUCUAGACUCUGCGGGAAAAACAACCAUUUUGUAUCGAUUGAAAUUGGACGAUCUUGUGACCACGAUUCCUACCAUAGGUUUCAAUGUGGAAAGUAUUCAGUAUAAAGAUCUUCACCUCACAGCAUGGGACAUUGGCAGUCGAGACAAAAUUCGCCCCCUGUUCAGACACUAUUAUAAAGGAGCCGAUGCUGUCGUGUUUGUGAUUGACAGCCAUGAUCCAGAAAGAUUAGACGAGCUCAAUUAUGAUGUCAUCAAGCCAGCAGUGAAUGCAGAAGAAUUGACCAGCGCUGUGUUCCUGUUCCUGGCCAACAAAAUUGACUUGCCAGACACAAUGUCUGUGGAUGAGAUUUCAGACAAACUUGGGCUGAAAUGUCUCAAACAUCCAUGGGGAAUUAUCCCAGUCAGCGCUGUGAGUGGAGAGGGCCUGCAAGAUGCUCUACAGUGGCUGGCCGUCAGGCUAGGCUCAGCACAGGUCAAGCCAAGAAACUUUGCUGCAGCCCAGCCUCAACCACAACCAAAGCCAAAGUCUAUAAAAGACUGCCGCACACAAUCCUCAUUGUCAUCUGCCUCGUCCUCGGCUACAUCCAAAACAGACAAUUCCAAAGCCGGUUCCAAAGUCACGGCAUCCGGAGCAAGUCCUCAAAAACCUGUCAUUUUUGUGAACUCUAAGCUCUACAUGGAUAACAGACCAACUCAUUCACAGUCUUUGAGCUCCACCGAUAACGCAUCGACUCCAAUUUCAGUACCUCAUUCCUCGCUCUCAUCUCCAUGCAGUAACUACAAGUACGCAGCAUUUACACCUAGAAAAACCCCAGGGAGUGUUAUGAAUUCUUUUUCUUCCUACUCAAUAGCACAGUCUAUGAGCCAGGAUAUGACCAGGAGAAAAUAUAAUGCCAUUUCUAACAGUGAUAUCCGCAGACUGAGCUGUGCAUCGUUAAACGACUCUCCGGGUGCUAGAAAAUUAAGCGCUGCAUCGUUGCUAGACUGUCCUAGUGCUAGGAAGAUGAGCUCCGUGUCGUUGAUGGAGUCUCCCUACCGGAGAAAAAUGAGUACAUCUUUUGUGAUUGACCCACCCAAUUACAGGAAGUUCAGCUCCGUCUCGUUAAUGGACACACCCUCAGGAAGAAAAUUAAGCGUGGCUUCCCUUGGAGAUCCAAGGCUUACUGAUACGCCAUACGGGAGAAAGGUUGGUGACUCGGCACCAGGGGAGCAGCUCCUGUCUGAUAGAAAGUUGAGUGCUGUUUCUCUGGGAGAUUUUCAGUACGGUAGGAAACUCAGCAAUGCCUCGGUUUCAGAUUCCAAAGAUGAAAUCGAAAAACCCAAAAUGUCAUAUUUGACGACAGCUCCAACAUCACUGUCUACUCCACCGACUGCUAAACGUCGAUCCGAAGAUCUGUCUUUGCAAGGCUUUGGCAACUUUACACCAAUAAUGGCGGAUUACAUCCACAAUGACAGAAAAGACAGCGACACUUCAGCUGAUUCUCUCAACAUUGUCUCCCCUUCAGAACAUAUCCAACCACACUUACGUCCCCUUGGCUUAAAGAAAUCUCCCUUUUUAUCAAAUUCAGCAAAAUACGUUGUCAAUUCCAUUGAAGCUGAGAAGGAAACACAUUACGAAGAAAUCCUUCGCCUUCUACCUGAAAGAUAUACAAACUUAAAUUCAUUCCAAGACUCACUAUUGGCUGCAAACAGUCACAUAGAUAACACUGAAAAAAUGCUUAACGCCCUGGAUCAGACGAAUGGGAAUAUUUCUAAUAUACCUAAUCAAAAUGAUGUUCAGUUUAAUAAAAAUAAACAUAAUAGAAAGAAUAAUAAACCUGCUAGGCAGUCGAGCCAAGAAUCUGACAGCUCAAACUCCAGCAAUGAAAAACGUUCUAACCUAGACUUGUUCUGCACUCCUAGCAGGCGCUGGAACCUCCAAUCUCGAAGAGCUCGGAAUCAGUCUAAUGACAAAAAUAUGCCAGUAAUGUCUACAACCAUGCGCGGAGCUUACUGCUCUAGGGCCUACAGUGCAAUCAAGUGUUUAUUCUUCAGGCCAACCAAAGCAGAAAUGCAGCAGGAAACUAAUAGUAUCAGCAGCGAUGAUGAACAGGAGCCAUGCUUGGAUAAUAAUCCAGGGGAUAUAACUGCAAUGUCACAGGAUAAAAUCAAAGAAAAUAGAGAACCAGAGUUAAACAUUAUAGUUACAGCGCCGCAUGAGGUAACAGUGGAUAUGAAGUUCGACGAAUUUGAAGAAUGUGAUAUAAGCCUAGAUGAAACAUGAUUUUUUUUUGUGUGAGUCCCAACAACUAAUUUAUAAAAAAUAUAUACAAUGUUGUAUUAAUGUUUAAAGAUGUAAUACUGUUUUUUACUUAAAAUUCAAAUUUUCUUACCCGAGAUGUAUAUUUUAUAUUACAUUACAAAUACACUAUACCCUACCAUGCAGAAUGUGUGUUUAAAACCUUGUUUACAACUCAUGUAAAACAAAAAUCUGUCCACCAACUACUACUGCUACUUAUCUAUUUGUAUCAUUGAUGAAGUUAUUGAAAAAUUAUAGUUUUUUCCUUGUAAUUUUUUUUUAAAAACCAUUUUCAAAAAAGAUGGGUGAAAGCUAUUGAAAACUAAUUAUAAUAAUUUUUUAAUUAAAUAUUUGAUGAUAAAUACUAGUCUUACAGAUAGUUACAUAUACAAAAUUGAUUGCAAGUUUAAAAUAAUUUAUUCUUGUGUUUUUAAAAACAUUCACUUGUUUUCACUUGUUUAUUAUUUUAUGAUUUGUUGUAAAAUAUUUGUUCAAGUUGUUAACUGUAUUUGUGUUUUUAUAUUUAAUUUAACCACAAUCAUGGGCUGACAAGAUCCUUUCCCCAGCUGUUGUUGUGAUACAUACCAUAACUUUAGGGUACAAUUUUCAUUUUAUUUUUAGGCAAACUCUUUUUAUUUAAUUGUUUAAUUACAAUAUUUUACGAAAAAGAAUUUUAAACAAUUUUAUGCAGUUGUGUUUAUUAAGUCUUCAAUUACAAUAAAUGCAAGUAGUUUUUUCUGUAUUUUCUAAAUACAAUUUGGCUUAUUCAAAAGUGGAAAUUAAAAGCAGAUGAAAAAUAAAUAAUUUUACAAUUACCUAAAUGUUGUAUUUUAAUUCCAACUCUUAUUAUAUUUGAACAACACUUUGAUAUAAUUUACAAGUUGUCAUUUGAUAAAACACAUUUAAAAUUAUUUUGUUGUUAAAAACUCCCUUGUAUGUUCUUAUAGUAUCAGAUAAGUAAGAUUUUUAAAAAUGUUUAGAUGCAUACUAAUAGAUAAAGCAAUGAUUUGCAGCAAUUUAUUUCAAGUUUAUUUUUUUUAUUUUUUAAUUAUUUAUACUACUGUUGUGAUUUAAUUUUAAAUCAUGUAUUUUGUUUAUUGUAAAUAUCUUUUUAUUGAAUCAGUUUUAACUGAGCAUAUGAAACUGUACCUACAUUUUAGAUAUAUUAGAAACAUUGAUUUUAAAGCUUACUUUUAAAAUAUUUCAAGUUCAUUAGGUUCUUUAAGCAAAAAAAAUAAGAUGGCUAUCAUAUUGAUAUCAUUUUUUAAUUUUCACUCUGUACAUUACUAAAAUGUUAUGAUCUAAUACUUACUUCUCUAUAGCAAGCAGGUAUUAAUUUCAUCAAGACAACAAAUAUAACCUAACUGUAAUGGUAAACUACUGUUGGGCUUUAAUAGUUCUUUAAAACUGUGCUUUACAUUUCAUGGAUGUUAAAAAUAAUUUAAAACACCUGAAUUCUUA